AUGAUGCAGGUUAAGGAUGAUAAUUGCAAAGAAAAGUUUGGUGGACUAAAUCAUAGAGAGAGAGUAAUUUUAUGUGGUUUUCUUGGUGGUGAUGGAGAAGGACGCAAAGAGAAGAUGGGAGUUUUAUUCUGUGAUUUUUCUGAAUUGGAGAGUGGAUCCCAUUGUAAGAGAAUUGGUCAUGUAUGGAGGACUAUGCGAAUCUGGGAAGCAAGUUAUUUAUUUGGUGCCACAAGUUUUGUGAUUGAUUGCAAUUUGGUGAUUGAAUUUGUACAGGGUUAUCUUGACAUGAUUCAAUUGGCUCUUUGA